AGCUGUGCGUGAUGAUUCAGGAGGAGUCACGGGAGGAGGGCGCCGUCGGGGGAUGUUUAACACCGCCCGCGAUUUCCCGGGACACGCAGUCGUGAGGUUGACCAUUGUUUGGUGGUGUGACUCACAGCCAGCAGUAGCAGCAGCAGAUACAGAGUUGAUGCUUCACAGAUCAUUUGAUGAACAUGGUUUCUAAACGGAGUUUAUGUUGUAAAAUCGUCUUCAGGACUGGAUAGUGAAGUUUGUUUCCUGCUGUUCCCUUUAAGGGUUAAUCUGCUCCCUCGUGCUCCACAUGGAGGCUAUUUUGGUAUUUUCUAAACAAAUUCUCUUCACUGACAAAAAAGCUUUUAAAGAUAUUUUUACUGAUAUCAGAGUUUAGGUUUGUUUUAGUAGCUGACGGCGCUCUGGCGGUUGGAGGCGGCGUCCUGCUCUGGAGCUGUUCUCUUGAUGCGGGUCCAGCUGACCACACUGAAAAAUCCCCUCGCCAUCCAUGGCAUGGUGGUGUUGGCAGGAGUCCUGUGACCUCUGCUUGCCACGUGUUCUCACAGUCCCUCUGAAGGCUGAAACCACCCUGCCUGGUGACGGUUGGGGUUUCUGGAGGGAGGCGUCCAAUUUUCAAAGUUGUUCGUGCCAGUAGGACAGUUUGGACUCCAGGGAGCUCAUAACUCAAGCCGCCCGAGGCCAGUGGCUCAUGCGCAGGACACACAUCAUCACUCCAAAGAGAAACCCCUCAUUCAAUGCCACAAGUGUGGGGAGCCAUGCAAGGGGGAGGUGCUGCGGGUCCAGAACAAGCACUUCCAUCUAAAGUGCUUCACCUGUAAAGUAUGCGGCUGUGACCUCGCCCAGGGGGGCUUCUUCAUGAAGAAUGGGGAAUAUCUGUGCACACUGGACUACCAGCGCAUGCACGGCACCCGCUGCAACGGCUGCGGGGAUUUCGUGGAGGGGGAAGUGGUCACAGCUCUGGGAAAGACCUACCACCCGGCCUGCUUCGUCUGCACCAUCUGCAAGCGUCCGUUUCCUGCAGGGGACAGGGUGACCUUCAACGGAAAAGACUGUCUGUGUCAGUUCUGUGUGGAGCCCAUGUCUCCAGGACCCAAGGACAUCCCGGGCUCCAGCAAUUGUGCAGGAUGUGGGCGGGACAUCAAGAACGGUCAAGCUCUUCUGGCCCUGGACAGACAAUGGCAUCUGGGCUGCUUCAAGUGUAAAGCUUGCAGUAAAGUUCUGACCGGGGAAUACAUCAGCAAGGAUGGCGCCCCCUACUGUGAGAAAGACUAUCAGAUCCAUUUUGGUGUCCAGUGUGAGGCGUGCCAUCAGUUUAUAACAGGGAAAGUGUUGGAGGCGGGCGAUAAGCAUUACCACCCCAGCUGUGCGAGAUGCAGCAGAUGCAAUCAGAUGUUCACCGAAGGAGAAGAGAUGUAUCUGCAAGGGUCAACCGUGUGGCAUCCAAACUGCAAGAACACCACCAGAACGGAGGAGAGACACAGGGAGAGGCUUUUGCCUCCGUCCCUCUUAUUUCUCCAAAAAACAGAAAGGCAGCCCACGAGGUCUUCGUCUGAGAGUAUUUGUUCCAGACCUGGUUCAAGCAUACCUGGUUCACCGGGUCACACCAUUUAUGCAAAAGUAGACAAUGAGAUCCUUGAUUACAGAGACCUAGCUGCCAUUCCUAAAGUCAAAGCAAUUUAUGACAUUGAGCGCCCCGACCUUAUAACCUAUGAACCCAUGUACACCACCUCCCUGGAUGAAAGAGAGGAGAGGCAGGAGAGUGUGGGGGAGCUCCACACUGCCAGGAGAGAACGCUCCCCCAUGCCUGAUGACAAAUCUUCAAGAAUCAUGUCACCUACCCCGUCUGGAGAGGGCUGUUACGACAGGAGGGAACGCAUCCUCCAGAGAUCCACCAGUCAGGGAUCCAUAGGCUCACCGGUUUAUAAUCGCCAUGGUUACACCCCCACCCUGUUACGGUCGCCGCAGCAUUUCCAUCGACCAGAGGCUCUGACAGGCAUGCAGAAGCUCUGCUCCUCCCUUUGCAGUAACAGUGUGGGCUCCAGAAAUAGUGACUCCCGCCCCACAUCCCCUUUCAGACACCACUUCCUCCCUCAUAGCCAAGGCCUCGACCCACCCAGUGGCCGGAGCUCCCCCCUCCCACUCAGGCCCGACAGCCGUCCGAUAACUCCGCCUCUCUGUCAGACCCCCAAACAUUUCCACCUCCCAGAUCAGGGCAGCAACAUCUACAGAAAACCCCCCAUCUACAAACAGCACGAUUCAGCUGCCGUAGCCCACCAAAGCAAGUCCGCAGACGAAAUCAUCCGAUCCGCCACCUUCCCUGCUGCCCAUGCUCCCUCCCCGGAUGACAGCUGGUGGAGUGAGGCCGACUGUUGCCCCCGCUCGUUCACUCUUUUAGGUUCAGAGGGAAGGAGGCGGUCAAGAGAAGAUGAGGAGGAGGAAGCUCUGAAGAGAAAGCAGCUCCAGGAGGAACAUCUGAGUAAGAUUCAGUCGGGGCUGGGAAAGCUCAUUCUCAAGGAGGAGAUGGAGAAGCAGAAGAUCAGAGAGCGUCACGCUCGGAGCCUUUCUGCACAGCGCUGCGAUUCCAAACAGAGCAACUGUGAUGCAGAUCCCACAUCUCCGACCAAAACGAACUCUUUGCCUGGUUAUGGACGGAAUGGGCUUCAUCGGCCUCAGUCAACAGAUUUUACGCAGUACAACAGCUAUGGAGACAUGUCUGGAGGAGGGAGAGAGUUUCAGCACAUAAGGGAUGGCCGUGCGGCACUUGCAAGGAUGGACAGGGGAGUAUCUAUGCCUAAUAUGUUGGAACCAAAAGUAUAUCCUUAUGAAAUGCUCAUGAUAACCAGUAGAGGGAGAGCUAAACUGCCCAGGGAUGUGGACAGAACCAGACUGGAGCGCCACUUAGCACCCGAAACGUUCUUUGACAUCUUCGGGAUGGAGAUGGAGGAGUUUGACAGGCUUCCUCUAUGGAAACGCAACGACAUGAAAAAAAAGGCCAAGCUCUUCUAACUGUUAGAGCAGCAUGCAUCACUUUAUCCAUGCACAGCUGUAACCCAGACUUCCCUUUUUAUUCUGUUCCUGUUUGUUUUCUCUUGACAUAACGUACUGCUUCCUGAGACCAUGAGCUGAGAGACUGGACUUGUCCCACAAGCAAUGAAUGGAAUCUCUACCAUGCUCAAAAAUGACAAUGAGAAUGGAUGAAGAGUUUUUUUUUUGCUUUGACUUCAUUUAUUUUACCUCCUGCUUUGCUUCAAGUGGAACAACUACUUUCUUUGUUUUCUUGUUUCUUUCUCGCUGUUACGGACUUCCGUUACACCUUGUAAUUAUUGUCAAACCUCGUGGCACCAUUUUCAGAUGCUUGUAGCUCGUAUGCGGCUUUCCUUUGCUUGGGCUGACGUGUGUUUGGCCCAAAGUUAGCAAGAAUCGGCUCAGUGAGUCUUUGAAUUAUAAAAAAAAAAAAAAAAAAAAGCAAAGUCUCUGGGGAGGCAGCCACCAACUCUUUUAUUGAAUCUGCAUUCAACCACUGGUAACCACUUUCCCGCCUUUUCUCCACAUAAAACUCUCACCUGACCGGACAAAAACCUCUCUCUUCUCAGGCUUUCAUGAACACAGUUAAACUUUUCCCCCUUUUACAUUUAUUGGGAGUGAAAAUCUCAUUAUAUUUUAUUCUGUAUCCAAAGGGAACGACCUGAUAAAUAGAUAGAAGCCCCAGUUUAAGGAACUGUAUUUAAAAGUAUUGUUUUAUAAAUAAAACCCACACUGCCAUUUGUUGUAUUGAAAUGAAAGCCAAUAAAGCUUUAAAUCACCAUGAA